AUGAAACACGUCACUCGAGCCUGCAUUGGCUGCCAGAAGCGCAAGACCAAAUGCGACGGAGCCAAGCCGCAAUGUGCGAAUUGUGCACUUUAUAGGCAAACUUGCACAUUUUCGCAAGAGAUCGACAAGCGGCGCCUGGCCUCAAAGGGCAAGAUUUCCACGAUGAUAUCUUACAUUCAAGCACUGGAAUCUCUAUUACUACAGCACGACUUUGAGCUCCCGGUUGGCCGUCCUAAUGACAUCCUACCCUCGGUACCCACACCUCCACCUAUGUCUAUUGACGAUGAAGUGAUGAUACGCGCCACAACCCGGAGAGCCAGCAAUCAUACAGCACCUUCAGUCGGCAGUGGGAUCUGCACUGCGUCUGACGAGGUUCCAUCGGACCUCCUGUCUAUGAAUGAAGAUUCGUUACCUGGUACGAAUUCGAUGGCAGAUCGAAUGGGCUCAUUGCAAAUAGCAGAAGAUGGCCAGUUACGCUUCUUCGGACCGACCUCGAAUCUUCACAUUUCGCACGUGGGGCCUUUCCCACUAUUUAACUCAAACAUUCGGUCCGUUUACUACAAUGAGAACUUGAUUUUGACCGCUGCCGGUGUUGCUCAUGAGGUCGACGAAGAACUGGAGGACCACCUUACGAAGUUAUACUUUACUUGGGAGAACCCAAAUAUCCCUUUAGUGGAUGAAGAGUCUUACUAUGAAGCGAAGGCUCGAUAUCGGAAGCUUAAUCAAGCUAGUCACCGAUACUCAGAGGUUCUGAACAACGCAAUAUGUGCUGUCGGCGCUGCUUUGACUUCCCGAUAUUGUCCCGACCUUCCGGAAGCCCUUGUUGAUUUCUUUGCAACAAGGUCCAAAGCUCUUCUAGAAGUUGAGAUGGAUUCGCCUACCUUGAGUACUGUGCAGUCCCUUGGGAUACUGAGUGGUGUCGAGGCGCUUCUUACCCGGGAUGCUCGUGGUUGGCUUUACAGUGACCUAGGGCUUCAUAUAGAUGCUGCCCCUUUUGCGGAGAGGGGAUUAAUGGACCUCGGAGAAGCCCGGCUUCGAAGUUCCACAUUCUGGGGCACUUACACGCACGAAAGAAUGUGGAGCCUAUACGUCGGUCGGCCCGAGUCGAUUGAUCACCUAGAUAUCACGGUCCAAUUACCCUCGGCAGGAGACUCCGGUUCGGAUAUGAACAAGACAUGGUGUCCAUACAUCGACGAAGAUCAACAAACGUCACUUUGGGAGUCGCGAGCAUUGUUAAAUGAAGUAGCUCAGGCAACGGUGUCUAUUUGCACGAAGAUGGCCUCGAUCCGAAAGGUUUUCAAGCCAUUCAGAUACAGUACCCCUAGAGUGAACUCUCCCGAUAUCAACAAGCUUUACGCCUUCGCAGUAAAAGCCCGAAAUGAGCUCGCUAUCUGGUUUUCGGAACUUCCAGAGGUCCUUGCCAUUGAUACGAACGACCCAAAAUGCAAACAUCUUCCUCAUGUCUCACAACUACACAUGCAAUUUCAUGCAGUAAGAAUCAUUGUUGACCAGCCCUUUGCGUUCCUGUCUCCUGGUGUCGAUGGCCUCACAGCCCAGGAUAUACAGACAAGCCGCGAAACAUGUAAUGAUGCAGCAGGGUCAAUUACAAAGAUCAUUCAAGCAACUCGUCGGCACUUUUCUCUUCGGCGGGUCAAUAUACAAGUAGUGCAUCUGAUAUUUACAGCAAUGCUCGUUCAGGUACACUCCGCGUUUCUCUUAUCAGACCCUCAGACCAGAGAUACAGCGCGCAGAAGACUUGAAAUAUGUUCUCAAGCACUCGGGGAGAUUGGACAAGCAUACAAGAACGCACUGAGGGCUCUGGAAGUUAUUACAUCUAUCAAAUCAGAACUGCUACGACGAGAAAGGGAGGCAACUGCCAGCGGGCUUCAGAUUAUUAGCCAGCCUAAUCCACUGAACUCCAUGAUUGCACUGGGUCAGAUCUCAUCUGGCAUAUUCAGUGGAAACCCGGGCGGGUCUAAAUCUUGGGCAAAUUCUUCUCUGAACGACGAAUUUUUGAAUGGCUUUGAUAUCACCCAGGGUCUUGGUACAGAGACAUUUCCCUCUGAAGUGAACCAAGUGUCACUUUCUGGUCAUGGCCUAUGGACCCCAUUCACAGAGCACUCAGUUGCCGAGGCUUACAGCCGUGAAAACAUCUCUUGA